AUGACAGUUAAUGGUCAAAAUGAACUAUAUCCAGUUCCUGAAAAACUGAAAACAACUAAGCAUUUGCAAUUUCCUGAAAAAAACUCGAUAUUCGACUGGGUUUGCAGAAAAGAGAAUCCAGAAGUAUGGUGUCCUUGGAUAAGUGUGGCUGACAGCGAUCUUCCACCAGCUGCAACC